AUGGUUAUCCCCCCUCCUCCUUCCCCGCUCCCCGAGUUCGUGUACAAGAUCACGCCCGAAGCCCCGCCUAGCCCAAUCCUCGAGUCCUACCCACUGUCGGAGCUAGACCAGAAGGAUGGGUUUGUGCAUUUGAGCACCUCAUGGCAGAUCCCAACAACAGCCGGCCUCUUCUUCACCACCACCCCUUCCUUCUACCUCCUCAAGCUGCGCCUGUCAAAUUUUGACCAGUCCAGUGUCAAGUGGGACGAGGUCGAGGAUACCAACGGGUGUCCCCACUUGUACGGCAACUUUGGGGCCAAGGAUGUUGUUGAUGUGAAGGAGUUCCGUCGUGGGGAGGGCGAGACGUGGGGUGAGGUGUUUAAGAAGGAGGAGGCUAAGGCUUGGUUGGUUUGA